GAGAAAUCAUUUCUCAUCGUCAGACAGAAGUAAGGAACGAAGGGAAGGAAGAGUUUGAAAAAGGGGAAUAGGGGGGUGAUGAAGGCAAAGAAACAGAACUAACAGGGCAGAGCACUGAGCACUCAUUUGAUCCAACAGUAAUCAGAUAUCAUUCCGAUUGCGAGCGAGAGUAGCAAUAGCAAGCGCGCGCGUCAUUCUCCGUUGCUGCUCACAGUCAAAAUUCUACUGUAUACUAUUUUGCUUUACGUUCGUUAACGUUUUACCGUUGUUGACUUGACGGGUUGUUCUGGCUCUAGCUCUGGUAUCUGGUUGACGCUGAUGCUGGCGUUGGGUUUGUGUACAAUUUAAUUUGCUGCUUGCUGCUGCCUCCCCGGGUGCGGUACGGGUGGUGUGUCGGUGUUUUGUAUUUCUGUUUCUGUUUUGUACGGCAGUGGCUGUGGCAGUUGUCCCCGUCAUACGUUUUAUCGUAUUCGUAUCGUAUCGUAUCGUACAAUAUCCUUGUGUGUUGUGUUGUGUCGUCCUGUGAAUGUGAAUUGCCAUUUCAAUUGUUUCUGUGGAUUCGUGUGUCCGAUUGUGAGGACGAGGACGGGUUUGGUUUUGGAUUUGGCAUCGUUGGAGCAGUAGCAGUUCGAGUUCCGAUUGCGACACUGACGACGACGACGACGAUUGUCUGCCGUUCCGAUUGCGUGUUCCAUUGGAACGUCAUCGUUAUAUCUCGCUCGUUCUUGCUCUUUCAUUUAUAAUUAUCUCUCUUCCGCUCAUUCGUUCGUACGUACGUACGUUAUAUUAUUUGUUUUGUGUGUUUAAUGUCAUUUGUGGAUGUCGAUGUUGAAAUCGUAGCGUAGUCGUAGUCAUAGUCGAUGGCGAAGGCAAAGGCAGUGGUGGAUUUAAUUGAUGCGAUUGCUAUUCGAAUUCGUAUUCGGGCGACAGUUGUUGGAGUCGAGUGUGUUUGUGGAAAUGUUUGUCACUGCUGCUGAUAGUGGCAAAUUUUUAUUUUGAAUCUCAUUCUGCCGCCUGCCUUCUGCGUUCCAAUUCGCAUUCACAUUCGUAUUCGGAAUUCGGUUUCGGAUUUGUUGGCUUUGGCUCUGGCUCGUUUGUGUUGAGCUUUUAUUUGCAUUACGAUUGCACUUGUGGUGCCAGACGGAUGUGUUUAUUUGUUUGAUUUUUAUUUGAGUGAUAUUUUCAAAUAAAAAUAAAAUUAAAGUGAUGAAUUGAAUUAAAUUAAAUUAAAAAUAAAAUAAAUAAAUACAAAUGAAAAUUUGAAUUGAAUUUAAAAUUUAAAAAAUUGAAAGAAAAAAUAAAAGCCCCUUGUGAACCGCUAGAAUAGAAUGGAUUCUGCAAUUGACACAUUAUCAACCACAAGUGAACAUAGUGUCGCGUCCUCAAUUGAGUCGGUUCAAGCAAUAAAUUGUGCCUCGCCGCGUGAGUUAGAAUCCUCGUCGUCCCUCUCGACAACCAUGAACAAUCCGAACGAUAAGCGUUCGAGCCCGCAUUACACGCUCAACAAUAAUACCGCUGCAGCUAUGAAUCAAAUGCUGAUGCAACAACAGCAACAGCAGCAACAACAAACGCCACCAAAUGGCGGCGGCGGUGGUCCCACCAACGGUGGACCCCUUCCAAAUCGAAAUCGCGCCUCAAGUUGUUCCCCGCCUUCAAUGUCACCAUCGCGGCAUCCACAGCCGCCAAGUCCAGCGGCUGCUGCAGCCGCUGCUUUAAAUCACUCGAUGAUGCAGCAAAUGCAGCAGCACCAUCAGCACAGUCCACCGCCAAAUGGUGGUGGCCUGCCGGCGGGUAUGCCGCCGCGAAUGCCCCACGGUCUGCCACCACAUAGCCUGGGGCUAUUGAACUCAUUGCAAAUGAUGCACCAUGCAUCGCCUUUGGAGUUGAUGGCCGCUGCACAUCACCAUGUCCCGCCACGAUCCUACAACAGUCCACCGCCCAUAUCCACCUCCGAUCCGAGCGCGAACGAGUGCAAGCUGGUGGAGUAUCGCGGACAGAAAGUUGCCGCGUUUAUCAUAUCCGGGGAAACUAUGUUGUGUUUGCCGCAAGCGUUCGAAUUAUUCCUCAAGCAUUUGGUUGGGGGUUUACAUACGGUUUAUACGAAAUUGAAGCGUUUGGAUAUUGUGCCGCUGGUAUGCAAUGUCGAACAAGUGCGGAUAUUGCGCGGCCUGGGGGCGAUACAGCCGGGCGUCAAUCGGUGUAAGCUGUUGUGCUGCAAGGAUUUCGAUGUUCUCUACAGGGACUGCACGACGGCGAGAUGCUUAUCAAUCAAGCCACCUGAGAGACCCUGGGAUGAUAACCACAAACGGCCGGGUAGACCGCCGAAAAGGGGACCAGUUGGAUUGUCUUUGCCGCCAACACAUCUAUCACAACAUCCGCAAUUGAAGAAACAUCGUUUGGAUAAUGGAGACUAUGCUUAUGAAAAUGGACAUAUUAAUGACAUUUCAAGAUUGGAGAAAUCACCACUCCUGGCAAAUGGAUACAAUCCACCACCAAUCAAUCACAUGGCAUUCAUGCAGAUGAACCAUCACCCCGGAUCGGCGCUGAUGAGUCCCGGAAUGCCACCACACGGCCUGCAUGGCCGACCCGACAGUCAAAUGUUGAAGGCGGCAGCACAGAGUGGCAUGUCGGCGGCAAGUAUGGAUGCGAUCGCACGAUCGGGUAUCUGGGAGAAUUGUCGGGCUGCGUAUGAAGACAUUGUCAAGCACUUGGAGAGAAGCAAAAUUAAUUUCAGACUUCGCGAGGAGCGCACUGACGACCGCCAGCAGAUCAGCGAUCAGAAGCCACGGGACUUGAGUUCUAGAAAUUGUUCGCCUAGUCGACAGAGUCCUGUGUUGAAUUUGUCCAAAUCUGGAGGCGCCACCGAUCAUGGUAGCAAUUGUGAUGAUCGCAGCGAUCGGAGCGAUGAAGUUCACUCUCCGCCGCCAUCGGUACGAGGCGAUGACGAGAAUCUGAGUGAUGAUAAUGGCUCGGAGGUCGACGAUCACAUAGCUAAGGAAGAAGAUCUUAGCGAUAGCGAGCGUGACAUUUCUUCGGCGCAACAUCAAGCGAUAUCCGUUACUUCGAAUUCCGGCGAUCGUGAUCUGCAUCACUCCCAUUCGCAUUCGUCGCAUUCACAUCACCAGCCACAUCAUCAGCAAACGUCAACACCGCAUCAUCAUCAUCACCACCAGCGGGCGUUAAAUUAUUCGACACUGGCUGCAACAGCUGCUGCUGCGGCAGUUGCGGCAAGUGGCGCUGCAGUUGUCGCGGGUGGCGGUGGUGUUGGUGGCGUCGUUGGCAGUGGUGGUGGCGUCGUCGGCAGUGGAGGUGUCGUCAGUGGUGGCGUUAGUAGCGGUGCUGGCAGUGCGACUGGUAGCACCACAAGCAUGGGCAAUAAUGGCAACGGUGUUGGCGGAAUCGGACCUGUUGGUGGCGUCCAACACAUCAACGAUGGACUGCCAUCGAACGAUGCCCUUGCCGGACUUGAACAACAGUCGACAUCUUCGACUGAGACUCUGUUGCGGAAUAUUCAGAGUUUGUUGAAGGUGGCCGCCGACAAUGCCCGACAGCAAGAACGACAGAUCAGUUAUGAGAAAGCUGAACUUAAAAUGGAUGUGAUGCGCGAACGAGAAGUCAAAGACUCUUUAGAAAGACAAUUAGUCGAUGAGCGGAAAUUAAGAGUUUUGUAUCAAAAACGCUACCGACGUGAAAGAAAAAUGCGUAUACGCUAUCAACAGCAACUUGAUGGUAAACGAAAAGGACAAUCAGUGCAUGUUGAUGAUCGAGAGGCUAAUAAGGGGCUAUUGGAUUCGAAUAAAAAUGGUCAAGAUAUCGACUGUAAAUUAAGUGAGAAGUCUGAUAAAUCAUCACCCAACGAUCGUCAUCGUCGUUCGGAGAGUCCUACAUUCAAACGUGAACCAAUUGAACGUGAAACACGCAGCAGUACCGAACGCUUGGAUCGCGAACGAGAACGUGAACGUGAAAGAGAACGCGAACGGGAGCGUGAACGCGAACGUGACCGUGAACACGAUCGCAGCAGUGAACGUGAAGGUUCAGUAAAUCAUGUAUCACCAUUACUGCCACCAACAUCGCAGGCCGAUAGUGGAUUGAUUGCACCAGUUAGUGGUAAGGCUCCAUGGAAUUAUCCAGGCAUUGACUUGAUGGCUACUGGAGCCUUCUGGCAGAAUUAUUCUGAAACCCUCGCUCAAGAAAUCGAAAUGGAGCGUAAAUCUCGAGUUGCAAACUCCGAUCGGGAUGUUAAGAGUCCCCUGCAGGAGCGUCAGCAAUCCUAUUACAAAAACUCUGUCCUCUUCGGUAGUGCUACUUAAUCCGGUCCGGCAAAUCAAGUCGUGUCUCAUUGAUGACUGAAUUAUUUAAAAAUAAAAAAAUCUGCUACCAUUGAUCUCAAGUGCAAUCCCCCGAUAAAGGCCUUCGGCCCGGUGCCUACAUAAAGCUGCUUGGCUUGAUUUCUAUAUUAUAUAUAUAAAAAAGAAAACAGAAACAAAACAUGUAAUCGUUUCACGCUUGCAACAUCUGCCCUAAUGCCCCAAAAAACCCACUCUAUCGACAUAAGUUGUAUCUAUAUUAUUCUAGGAACUAAGGGUACUUACACAUUACACACACGUCUUUCUCCAGUAUUUUGUAGUAUACGAGUUAUUAUAGGAAAAAUAAAAAAAAUAAAAAAAAAAAA